AUGAAAUCUUCUAAAUCAAACGUGGAUUCUGGUUUAGAGUCAGAUACCCAGUGCAAAAGUGGAACAGGCUGCGUAGUGAAAUGUGGCUCAGAAAGAAUGGAGAGUGCUGCCAAAAGGAGACUGGCUGCUAAUGCCAGGGAAAGGAGAAGAAUGCAAGGACUGAACACAGCCUUCGAUCGACUAAGAAAGGUGGUUCCACAGUGGGGUCAAGAUAAAAAACUCUCCAAAUAUGAGACCCUUCAGAUGGCAUUAAGUUACAUUAUGGCUCUAACUAGGAUCCUUGCUGAAGCAGAGAGAUACAGCACUGAAAGAGACUGGAUUAACUUUCACUGUGAACACUUCCAUCAGGAGAGCUAUCACACUUAUAUGGGACAGAAAAUGGAAACAGACAAUGACCCAUACACACAAAGAAUCUUCAGUUAUCCACCUGACCAUUUUCAAAUAGCUAAUUAG